AUGGCAGACUCCGACGUGUACGUGGGCUCGAUCGACCAGGGCACCACCAGCUCGCGCUUCUUGAUAUUCAACACCGCGGGCGAGGUCGUCGCAUCGCAUCAACUGGAGUUCACCCAGAUCUAUCCGCAGCCCGGGUGGCACGAGCACGAUCCGCGCGAGAUCGUUUCGUCUGUGGAGCGCUGCAUCGACGGCGCAGUGUCUGCCUUUGAGAAGCAGGGGCACCGCAUUGGCGCCAUCAAGGCCAUUGGCAUCACCAACCAGCGAGAGACCACCGUUGUCUGGAACAGCGAGACUGGCGAGCCGCUGCACAAUGCCAUCGUCUGGACUGACACCCGUACCCAGGCGCUGGUGCGUCGCCUCAAGCAGCGUCUGGGCCACAACGAGCUGCAGCAGCACUGUGGGCUUCCCCUGUCAACCUACCCCUCCGUGGGAAAGCUGCUGUGGCUGCUGGAGAAUGUGCCCGAAGUCAAGGCGGCCUAUGACAGCGGCGUGCUGGCCUUCGGGACAAUUGACUCCUGGCUGGUGUACAAGCUCAAUGGCGGGCCCAAGAAGAAUGUCUUCGUCACAGAUCCCUCCAAUGCCUCGCGGACCAUGUUCAUGAACAUCAAGACCCGCCAGUAUGACGAAAAUCUCAUCGAUUUCUUCCGUAUCGAUACCAAGAAGUUGAAGCUGCCGACGAUCAUCCGAUCAUCCGACCCGGAAGGCUAUGGGUCACUGGAGUCAACGGUGCUGCGAGGUGUUCCUAUCACUGGGUGUCUUGGAGACCAGUCUGCAGCCCUGGUUGGGCAGAAAGGCUUCUCGCCCGGAAAGGCGAAGAAUACAUAUGGCACAGGUUGCUUUUUGUUAUACAACGUGGGCGAGAAUCCGGUGAUCUCCAAGCACGGUCUUCUCACCACUAUUGCGUACGACUUUGGCGACCGAGUCAUGUAUGCACUGGAAGGUAGCAUUGCUGUAGCGGGUUCGAGCGUCAAAUUCCUCAAGGAUAAUUUCCAAUUCUUCGACUCAUCCAGUGAAAUCAAUGACCUAGCUGCAACAGUAGAGGAUAACGGUGGCUGUGUCUUCGUUACGGCCUUUAGUGGCUUGUUUGCUCCGUAUUGGAUGGACGAUGCGAGAGGAACGAUAUUCGGUAUCACAACAUACACAAAACGUGGCCAUAUCGCCCGUGCCACGCUGGAAGCUACAUGUUUCCAAACCAAAGCCAUCCUUGACGCCAUGGCUAAGGACAGCGGAAGAGCUUUGACCGAAUUGGCAGUGGAUGGCGGUAUGUGUAACAGCGACCUGACUAUGCAAACUCAAGCUGAUCUUAUCUCGAUCCCGGUUGUCCGUCCCGCAAUGCGGGAGACCACGGCCUUUGGGGCCGCCAUUGCUGCAGGACUAGCUGCAGGUGUCUGGCAGGAUAUCAAGGACCUGGAAGUUGUAAAUACAGAUGGUCAGACCAUCUUCAAUCCUGCAAUAGACGAAAAGGAGGCUGGGAAACAGUUUGAGAGGUGGGAGAAAGCCGUGAGAAUGUGCCAAGGGUGGGCAAACUAA